AUGCCUGGUGAUGUCCAGACAGAAACCUACUAUGCUGAUCGGGACGAAAAAUUUCGCUCCGAAAAGCCAUACGAGCUCAAAUUCGUUCCGUCAGAGAACUUCCCUCUUACCAACAUGAACUGGUCUCGAUACGAUGACAUCAAUGUCACGGAUAUUCGUGGCUAUGAAGACCAGUAUAGCCCCGUCGAGCACGGCUUCCAGCUCAGUACCAUGAAAACAACGCUUGAAUACGGAGAUUUUGAUGAUCCUGUGAAAAUAGAACAAGUCUAUAUGAAAGAGGUCGCAGAUUGUCUUCGAUCGAAGCUCGACGCCGCACGUGUGCUCGCAUUUGAUUACAACAUCCGCAAAAGCCAGGCUCAAUAUCCGCUGUCAAGCGGUGAAGCGGCCUCGUUUGAGACUCCGGCCACCAUUGUGCACAUAGACUCAACGCAGUCAUGGACGGCGCACAUGCACAGGCACUAUUGCAAAAGUGAUCCGGACCUCGCAAGUUUCACCCGCUACCAAUACGUGAAUCUUUGGAGGCCGCUUCGGGGUCCCGUCAAGAGAUGGCCACUGAUGCUCUGCGAUUGGUCGACAUAUAAACCAGAUCAAGACUCCAUCGCUCGAGACAUUGUCUAUCCCGACGACGCCGUGGAGACAUACGUGAUCUAUCACAACCCGAACCACCAGUUCUACUACGUCAGUCAGCAGACCUCCGAGGAGGUUUGGAUUAUGGUGCAGACAGACUCCAGCCAUCCGAAAGGCGUGCCUCAUACAGCGUUCCCCACCGCACCGAACGUCAAUGAAGAGGAACGCGAGAGCAUUGAGGUGCGCGCGAUCGUCUACUAUGAUUGA